ACCCUCCGCAUGACCUACUGAAACCAGCUUUGAUAAAAUCAAUGGAUAUAGAGAGAGCAGUUAUCCAGUCUGUAUCACUAUGGAAAGCCAUAGCUGUCUUUAUGGUUAUAUUUCUUUUUAUGUUUCAGUAUAAUGUUUUGCGUAUUGAAUUAUAGUUUGUAACGUGGUAGCAUGUUUCCGCGCCGAAUAUGCGAGUCCGUCUGACGGGUUUCCUAUAGGGUAUGUACAUAUAAUUCUGCAUAUUACUCUGUGCCAGAUUUUCAAGCGGUUUUGCACGUAUACUGGAAAAUGACAUCUUCAUAACAUAUCUUAUAGAUAAAAUGUCUGAAGAAGUAACGGUAACUCACAGUGAUACAGAUGUUUUAACCCAUUGUACAUUCAGUAUAAAUAAUAAAUGCUAUGACGUUAAACUAACAGACGUGGAGUUGAAAUGGCAUAUUGCAGGCAGCACUGAACAAAAAGGACUCCAAACUGUCCGCAUUACUGACGUUUUAUCUGUAUCUCUGAAGAAGACUGUGGGCAGUAGCAAUGACGAUUUAUGUGUCAACUAUGUGAGACAGGAAAAGAAACUCAUAUUGAAAUCAUGCUGUGUCGCAUUUAAACAUGAUGAUUCGCAGAUUAUCUCAAACCUACAUCAACAAAUAUCGGGUUUGAUUAGAAAAAUUGAACAGAGACCUCAGAAGUUAUUAGUGUUGAUUAAUCCAGUCAGUGGAAGAAGCAAAGGUCAAUCUACAUAUGAACAAAAGGUGGCACCUAUCUUCAAGGAGGCUGGAAUUGAGACAGAUGUUAUUGUGACUGAAAAAGCACAUCACGCGGAGGAAAUAUUGUCAACAUAUGAUAUCAAGUCCAUCAGUGGAUUGGUGUUAGUUAGCGGGGAUGGAUUGUAUCAUGAAGCAGUAAAUGGUUUAAUGAGACGCCUAGCAACAGAACAAAAUGUAAAUGUGGAUGAUCCUGAUGUUACUGUACCAACCAUUGAUAUCACUGUUGGGUUGAUACCAUGUGGUACUGGAAAUGGAAUAGCGUACAAUUAUUAUGGAAAUUACGAUGUAAAAACAGCUGCGUUGGCGAUAGCAAUAGGCUAUUCUUCGCCUGCCAACCUGAUGUCCGUUCAUAGUGAUGACAAGUUAGUUGCUUAUAGCAGUUUAUUGGUAGGCUAUGGAGUUUGGAGUGAUUUGAUUCAUACAACAGAAUCUAGACGAAGUCAAGGAAGAAUGAGAUAUCCAAUUGCUAUUCUGGAACAAAUGUUCAUUAAAACAUUACGAAGAAUGCAGUUGACAGUACAGUACAAAUCGAAUCAAGAUCUGAACAUUGCUACAGAGUCACGUGAUACUGAUGAUGUUCUCGAUGGUGUAAAAUUAACUGAUAACAGUUCUACUGAGGUUGCAGACGAUAGCAAUGCCAGCAAUCGAAGUUCAAAGUCAACAACAAUUAAAGAGAAUACAAUUGGGGCAAUCCUUUUCAUGCUUACACCUGUUAAUGACUCUACAAUGACUACAAAGCCGGAUUUGUCAAAGGCAGUUAUGUAUUUGAACAAAUCUGCACAGCGGACGAAAUAUAUUAGUUUUAUGUUUCGACUGAUGACACUUAACUUAGCAGUGCUGGAAGCGAGAGAUGAUAUUUCUGUGUUGCCUGGCCAACAAUGGAAGGUAAAGUUAGAUGAACCUAGUCAACCUGACACACAGGACUACGAGGUAGAACACUUUAUGAACAUUGAUGGAGAAGCAUUUACAAUACCGAAACCCGAAUAUCAAGCGAAGUUGUUAACAGGCAAAUUAAAUCUAUACAGCAAUAUGCCAUAUGCUACAAAAAGGUUUAUGAAAAAGAUAUAGGUGUUCAUUUAUAUUUCGAUGUUUCGUUGGCAGCAGGUGUCAAGUGAUGGGUGUGACAGCUGUAAAUGUUGCCCCCUUCUUCAUGUCAGUGUUGUUAUUAGUUUUUAGUUCCUACAGCACGUUAGUGCUGAAUAUUGAAUACCUCCCAAGACGGUGCUUGAGGGCGUGAGAGAAUUUGCAUUUUUACAUUAUCUCUCAUUAACAGACUCAAACAAACCGAGUCUAUUUUUUUCAUAUUAUAUUGUUGUUUCACUGCUUCUGAGAGAUCACCCAUUUUCAGAUCAUUAUUUUUUGACUAUUAAGAAUUAUAUAUUUAGUGUAUGAUUUUUAGCUGUAUACGGUUUUAUCAGUGUUCAAAUGUUGUGCCAUAUUAGAGGAUUAUUGUUUUAACAAUUUCAUUUAUGCAUUUUUUUUCAAGAAGUUAACGAGACACAACAGCUAACGAACUGGUUGUCAUAUACAUGUAUUUGUAUAAUCAUUCAUAUUUUACGCUUUUUUCAAAUCAUUUGUUAAUUUUGAAAACAAAUUUUAAAAGAAACGUUUUAUUUUCCUCGAUCAUCCUAUUCAUCGAAUUAAGCUUAACUUGUGUUCGUUAUAACACUUCAUCUUAUUUCGGUACUUUCGAAGUUUAUUUUCAAUGCGUCACUAUUUUAUCUGUUUUAUAUAAAAUUAAUGUUAAUCCUUAAAAUAUUUAUAACUUUAAUUUUGUACCUUUCUACAACACUAUGCUAAAUAAAACAUGCGUCAGAUUUCAAGAUGAAGCUAUUCUUUAGUUUGACCAUUUUCUGAAAAUGUAGAGCAAUUCAGUAACAUUCGUGUUGUUAUUAUUGAGAUCAUGAUGGUUCGAGCAACAGAAUAGCUAAAACUUUCUCCUAAAGGCAUUGUGUACACUAUUUUUAAGUUGAAUUGUCUAACAACAAAUUAUUAACCAUUCUUACUUACGUUACUACUUUUAUAUCCUAUUCACUUUCGCCAUGUUUUCUGUUUUAAUUAUGGUUGCUGGCAACCAAGGAUUUUAGAUUCAUGAAUACAAGAUGACUAGCUCAUGUAAAUAGAAAUAUAUAUGUACUUUGGCUUAUUUUAAAUAAAUUUUUUACUAUUUGGACGUUA